AGAGGCAGCCUAGAAAUCAGAAAGCCUAGAAGCCCUGCAGGAACCCAGGAGAGAGGGAGAGGGAGAGAGAGAGAGAGAAAGGGAGAGAGAGGAAGGAAAGACAAGAGAAAGACAGAGAGAGAGAGAGAGGAAGAAAAAGAAAGAAAAAGAAAAUGAUGUUUCACUCCGCCACCUUGCCCCCCGCGAAAAAGCGGCCUCGGCCCCAGGGCUCCGGAACUCAGUGCCACCACCAGGUGAAGUUUGCCAAGGUGACCUUGUACAUAGUGGAGAGGCUCAUGGGCCACAGCAGGAGAAGCUUCCUCAGCAGCCUGGCCAGAUCAAAGGGCUUCUGCGUCGAGGACGUCCUCAGCAAUAAGGUGACCCACGUUGUGGCAGAGGGGAACCCAGCCAAGGAGCUGUGGGCCUGGCUGCAUGCCCAGGCUGCCGGCCUGGCCACAGACACGGAGGUGCUGGACAUCAGCUGGUUCACGGAGAGCAUGAGGGCGGGCUGGCCGGUGGCCGUGGAGAGCAGGCACCGCAUCCAGGAUACGUCUCCAGUGGGUUUGCCAAGCACUUCAGAGUCCACGGUUUCUCAGUAUGCCUGCCAGCGAAGGACAACCCUGGACAAUCCAAACAAGAUCUUCACGGAUGCUUUUGAAGUUCUGGCGGAGCACUCGGACUUCUGCGACAGCAAAGGUCCGGCUCUGGCCUUCAAGCGGGCGGCCUCGGUUCUGAAGAGCCUGCCUGCCAUGCUGCGAGGCCUGGGGGACGUGGAGGGACUGCCCUGCCUGGGGGAGCAAAGCCGGGCCGUGAUGAAGGAAAUCUUGGACUGUGGCAGAUCAUCCAAAGUUGAAGCCAUACUGAGUGACAAGAGAUUCCAAACAAUGAAGCUUUUUACAAGUGUGUGGGGUGUGGGGCCCAAGACAGCAGAGAAGUGGUAUCUGCAAGGCCUUCGCACACUGGAGGAGGUUGUCACUGAGCCACACGUCCAUCUGAACCGAAUGCAGCGCGCAGGUUUCCUUUAUUAUGCUGAUAUCUCCCGAGCAGUCACCAAAGCAGAGGCGCAAGCAGUUGGGCGCAUCGUCGAGGAGGCCGUUCACCAAAUCUCUCCCAACGCCUCUGUUGUUCUGACAGGAGGCUUUCGCAGGGGGAAGGAGGUUGGCCAUGACGUGGACUACAUACUGACCGCACCUGAGGUCGGAAGCGAAGAGGCGCUGUUGCUCCGGGUGAUCGACAGGCUCAACUACCAAGGCAUUCUGCUGUACACCGAGUACCAGGAAUCCACCUUCGACGCCAACCGGUUGCCCUGCCGGAGGUUCGAGGCCAUGGACCACUACCCAAAAUGCUUCUUGAUCAUCCAGCUGCAUGCCGAGGCUGUUCAGGAUGGCGCGCUGUCACGUGACCAGGACGACCGCAGGGAUUGGAGGGCGGUGCGUCUGGAUCUGGUGGCUCCGCCCGCUGACCGGUUUGCCUACGCUCUCCUGGGCUGGUCAGGAUCCACGCAGUUUGAACGGGACCUGAGACGAUUCGCCCGACUGGAGAGGGGGAUGCUGCUGGACAACCAUGCUCUGUAUGACCGAAGCAAGGAUGCAUUUUUGCCGGCCAAAACCGAGGAGGAUAUCUUUGGCCAUCUGGGGCUGGAGUACAUCGAACCUUGGCAGCGCAACGCGUAGAGCGAUCCCGGAGCCAUGCACCGCCAUAGA